CCGAAGACUACAACACAAAGAGUAUAUCUCUAUAGCCUACUACCACUACUACAACAACAUCAUCAUCAUCAUCAUCGUCGUCCAACGAAGUCUCCAACAACCUACUCAACACUUCCGCUCAACACCAGCCUAACAGCUCAUACUCACAAACCAACACAAUGGCCGCCACUAUCUACGACGAGUCCAUCAUGGCAUCGCAGAACCUCCCGCCUUGCCCUGGCCCACCACCAACCCGCCCUCUUCCUCCUGUCCCAUCGAAAUAGAGGACAUCAACUCUCUACCUCGUUUUUGUCUUGUUCGACCUACACUUGGCUUUGGCGCAUCUCAACAUCGAUAUCAACUCCGCAUCCUUAA